AUGCCAAGAGAUGUGUUCACGUUAUCCCAAGAUAAGUGCCAAGUACCUGAUCCCCCAGCUCAGCCCCAGGUUGUGGUUGUAUCGGAUGCGGAGGUCGCUAUCUCCUGGAAACCGAGCACCAGGGAGGGCAGCUCGGCCGUUCAGUACUAUUCUGUAGUAUAUACAAGGCCAGAUCUUGACAGUGAGUGGGUUGCCAUAACAGAGCGUGUGCAGAUGGACUCCAUGGUUCUGAAAGGAUUAAUUUCCGACACCAAAUACCAGUUUGCUGUAAAGGCAGUGAAUUCCUUUGGAGAAAGUUUACUCAGCAUUCCUAGCGAAGUUAUCAGGACCUUCCGUAAGUAAAAU